ACACAUACUUUUACGGGCUCUUAUAGCUGAAUAGCUGUGGAGUGUGGUGAACAGGAGGAACAGCAGGAACACAGAACAUGAAGAAAGCAUAGACGGCGUGUUCCACAGUGACAUUUAGUGGUAGCUUAAGCCUAUACUCUGCAUCUUUUUCUUUCCUGCUUUCUGUACAUAUCACAAGCUCCUUACAUCUUCACAUGUGGCUGCUGUAGACUGUAGCUUCAGACUCUUGGUUUGCUGGAUGGAGGCACAGGGAAGGGCUAGUAGCCCAGAUCAUAUCAAGGACAGCCAGAAACUAGUAAAGCCCUCCAGCUCAGGAGAACUAUCCAAAGAACCAACUCAUCAUCCAAAGUGGGAGGAGGAAGGGGUUAUUCCUGGACAUACCCCAAGUUUGCUUCAUGUCAUUGAUAGAAGGCAACCCUUGAGCAGUGUGUCCUCCCUUGAAGUGCACUUUGACCUGCUUGACCUGACAGAGCUGACCGACAUGUCGGACCAGGAGUUGACGGAGGUUUUUGCCGAUUCUGAUGACGAGAACCCUGAUUCACCUGCAAGUCACCACAACCACCCGCCACUUCACAGGGGAGGCUACCUACGCUCUCCCUCGUGGACGCGCUGCAGUAAGGUAGAGCAGUCACGUGAAAGGAAGCACCCAAGCGAUUCAGACAGCGCCGAGUCCUACCGCAAGCUGGAGCGUCCCAAACAGCCCUGAGAAAAAAAAAACACACAACUGGGUCAUUCUGAAAUACAGGACUGCAACUAAAGACUCAAAAAUAUGACCUAACUUUCUGCAAUGUGCAUAUAAACAGUAUUUGCAGGGGAAAAGAAGCAAUGCAGACGGAUAAACCAUUCAAUACAAUAUCUUUAUUAGUUCAUUUAUAAGACCACUUUAGCUACCCCAUAAUUAUAGCUUCAAAAAUAAUCAGACAUUUAGAAGAAUACACAUCAUGUGAUUUAUAAAGCUAAAAUUAUUGGCAGGGCUGCCAUCCAGAAAGUUUUGUGUCCAAUGUCAGUUGGCAAAGAGGCAUACCUUGGUUAAAGAACACAAAAUCUGCUCCUUUGAGCAGUGACUAAAAUCCAUUUGGUCUAGAGUUACCAUUCACCAUAUUUUCUACAUUAGCCACCUGGUAGAAAUCACUUGGUGUAAUGAUGGCCUUGCUUAUAGCUGCCAGGAAAUGAGACAAUUUAAAGGAUCGAGUGCACCCUAUGGUGCUUCAACUCUUUUCAAAUAAAGUUUUAAUAUUCCAGAAUAAUAAUGCAGUCAACAGUUCUGAAAUACAGACUGGAAAUCAGAUCUACACCUCAACAUUUAACUUUUGCUCUACAUGAAUGCUCCAGCCCAAUACAAACCAUUUAGAAAUGGCAUGAUGGACUGAUAAGUGAAUGUGAACAAGAAAAAAAAAAGGAAUCCACCAUCUUAAAGAUGAUAAUACCAAACAGUAGUGGUUUAAUGGUAAAGAUACUGGACUAGUAAUUGAAAGGUUGCUAAUUCAAGCCCCACCACUACCUAGUCACCACUGUUUAGCCCUUGAGCAAAGCCUUUAACCCUCAACUGCUUGCACUAUAAUUGGUUAUAAUUGAAAACAGCUUUGGAUAAACGCACCUGCUCAAUGCAGUUAAUGUAAAUAUGCCCAUUUGUUCAUAACCACAACAUUAACCACUGUGUCCUUUAUAAAUAAAAAUAUGCUUUAGUCUUAAAAAUCAGUGGUUUACAAAAGCAGCUUUCCAGUUUUCAAUAAAACAUUGGACCGAAAAUGUUUGUAAUUUACUCAUUAUCUUGUUAAUCCUAUCAUUUAAGAACUAUUAAAAAUCUGUAAUUCCAGAA